AGCACAAGGCUAGUUCGCCUGGGUCGUAGCAUGAAGCAUGGCAUGCAUGCAGCAAGCUAGCAGCAGCACUGGCCAAGCUGUCUGGCCGGCUGGCCCGGCAGCUCAGGCGAGGGGCACGCCGUCGGGGUACCGUUCGGCCUUCACAUGUACCGGUACGGUUUACUUCAGAAAUGGAUGUGCAUGUGCAAUGUGGCCUAGUUUGAGUUUGCCAUGGGAUCAUUAGGAAAAAGUAUCUUGCCUUCAAGCGCUAGCUAGCUUAAAUAAGAUAUGUUACAGCACCUUACCAGGCUAAGACGUUCUCUGUUCACGAUUCCUGACAUCAUUCUAAAGAUGUCUAACUUGGGUCAAAGUUCAGUCAACUCUACAGCGAAGAGAUGCUCAACAGAUACCUCUGAAGCUCAUUCCCAGCGGCCAUCGGUCUCCUCCGGUACUCUCAGUCUCACUUCUCCUAUCGGUUAUAUCCGCUCUUGUUUCAAGAGCAAGAAUGGGACACCAAGGCAGCCGUCGGUCUGUGGCUAUGCAAGGGCAAAGCUUGAAAUCCUCAAGUCUGUUUUUGUCUGCCCGGAUCAUUCCCUGGAUGGCUUAUCACAGUUCUCUCAUGUCUGGAUUCUCUUUGUGUUCCAUGAGAACAGCCAAGAGAAAUUCACCAAAGCCAAAGUGAAACCUCCAAGACUGAAUGGAAGAAAGGUUGGCGUUUUUGCAUCCAGGUCUCCCCAUAGACCGAACCCUAUAGGACUCACUCUGGCAAGACUGGACAAAGUGGAAGGAAACACGCUGUACCUGUCUGGUGUGGACAUGAUAGACAGAACUCCAGUCCUGGAUAUCAAACCUUAUGUUACUGAUUAUGACAAUCCUAAACAAGCUUCUACCAGAACUACUGAUAAUUCUCACAAGCAAACGCCAUCAGAGAUACAGCUUGGUGGUGCGUCAGGGGUUCUUAGUGAUAUGCAGGAAACACAAUGUGGUUUAGAAUCUUCUCAAGAAAACUGUUUUAGCCUACAGACAAAUGAUAGGUCAUCAGACUCAGAUACAAUUAAGAGUGAAGAUGGCAACAUAACUCCUGAGAGCAUUGAUGCUACUGAAGACGGCAGAAAUGAUGUGAGAGUAGCUGACUGGGUAGGAGCUCCUCCGAUUAAGAAACUUGCUGUUCGGUUUACUCCAAGUGCUGAGGCUCAGCUUGCUUCAUUCUGGAGAAAUCCUGAUUCGGAUCACAAGCUGGAAUUUCUCUCCAGCUAUGAUGAAGCUCACCAGGCAGUAGAGGACAUCCUUUCAGCAGACCCUCGAUCAGUCUACAGAAGGAACUCCUGCUCUGACAGACUGUACUACUUCACUCUAGACAACCUUCACAUCACCAGUUGGUUUGGUGCAGGAUUCGCAGAAGUUCUUCAGGUGCAACCCAUUGCCUUGGCAGAUAUGCCGAAACAGACUGGAGAUGAAAGUGUCACAACAUUCAAAGUCAAGACAUGAUUGUUGGCUGAUUGCCUCUGCUUUGCCAAAAACAAUGCCCGUCUUGUAGUUGUUGGAUUCAUCGAAGUGCUCCAGCCAGCCUCCAAGACUAAGUAAAAUCAACCCCAGAACAGACACAGAUGAUGGUUGGGCAACACUAAAAGAAAACAAGUAAUAUUUGAUCAAUUGCCCAUCCUCCACUAGUCAGUUGUUGAAGGAUUUGCAUAAGUGCUUCAAGUGCAUGUACACAAUAUGCUCAAAACUCAGACCAGCAACUAAUCCAAAUUGUUCAUGCAUACAGAAAAAUAUUGUGUUACGAAGCACUGGGCAAUGAUUCAUUGAGCUUGUUUUCACUGAAACUGUUGGAACAAGUAAUUCAGUGCUGAAAACUUUCACAAAAUCAUGCCUAGUUUGCCAAGUGUAUAAGAAACCCUUUCUCACAAUAGGUUCCGUACUGUUCACCCAGUUUUCUGCUCUUAGAUUUUCCAAGGUUGGUUAUCUAAUUUGUGUGGGAACAAGGUUUCUUGGUAUAUAAUCCUUAAUAUUAGAUAGCUAGCACAGAUACUAAUGUCUGAUUUGUCAAUAGCUUGUCACACGAUAAAAAUUACAGGCAUUGUUAUUGUUAUAUUUUCCUACCCGGUCAUCUCCGAUGAAAAUAUUGACCAGUUGGUCAAUAUUUUUGCCCGGUAUUAUUGGCAAUGAAGAAGGCUCAAUAUUCUUCUUUGCAAGCCUUUUUUCAGAGCUGGCCAAACAUGGAGGUGAAACCUUGAUUGAUUUUUAAAAAUAUACAUAGGAUAUAUCAUAAGUUAUAUAAAAGGCGAGGUAUUGCAAUCAUUUUUAAAUGAGAUAAAAUCAAUUUUAUGAUCUAAUCAAUUGUAAGUCUUAUUUUCGAGUUUGAAUAUGUUCUAAGAUUAUACAUGUAGAACACUUUCAAUUGAUUUUGAAAAUGGAACAGGUGUACAUUGUUGUAAAGUAAGGUAUUUAAAUCGAUUUUUGACUACAUCAUGGUAAAAUCAAUUUUAUAAUCAAUUUCAAAAUCGUUUGCAAGUGUCAUUUUGGAGUUACAAUAUGUCCAGACAUUGAGAUGUUCAAAGCUUUGCAUUUGAUUUUGAUGAUGCACAAAGUGUAUGGCACUUUUUUGGAGGGCUACGUAUGGAUAUAUGGAGGUGAAGCUUUCCAAUUGUCUUUUAAACUGUGCAGUGUUUAAUACCAUUGUAAAUAUGGUAUUGUAAUUGGUUUUAAAUGUGAUAAAGGUAAUAAUAUGAUCAGUUUUAAAUUUGAUUGUAUUUUAUUGGAGCUACAAUAUGUUUGGACAUUGAGAUAGAUUUUUUAAAAUGCACAAAGUGUAUAGCAUGGUAAGUAUAUUAUUGCAAUUGAUUUAUAUGUGAUAAAAUCCGUUGUAAUUUGUUAGUUGUAGAUGUUCAGACUCGUUGUAGAUGAAGUAUUUUAAUUCCAGUUUUAAAAACGUACAAAGGUUAUAUCGUAAGCUAGGGUAUUGCAAUUGAUUUUACAUGUGGUAAAAUCACCUUUUAUGAGCAAUUCUAAACUUUAUUGUAUUUCUUAAUGUAAUUAAUGUCCACUUCAUGUUUGUAAAUAUUUUGAGUGACAAUCUAUUUGAACAUAGGAGGUAAAGCCUUAGAAUCGAUUAAAAAGCAUACUAAAAGUUAACUUUUUGAUGAUCGAUUCUAAGGCAGUGAUAAGAUUAAAGGCCUUACACUUGAUUCUAGACAAUCAAUCCCACCCAUGCUAGCAAAAAAAGCUACUGUAUGAUCUUACUGGGAGACUGUGAAAUGCCACAUUCUGUAGACCACCAAAUGGAUUCAUAUUCUCCCUUCUGAAAAUAUAAAUUCAGCAGUCGAAAGAAUGUUAUAUGUUACACACCCUGUCAGUCAAUAUUAGUAUUAUAAUGAUAAAAAGAUAAUCAAAAUUCUUUUAAAUAGUGCAGUAUAAUCCUGUACAUUUACUGUAGGAACCAACUGCGAUUCAGUUGACCUUGUGAAUUUCGGGGUUGGUAUACUAUAUACUGCAAGAAGCUUCUUUGCAAUCGAUUGCAAUGCCAUCUGAUAAUUGCCAAUUUAGUUGUGCCAAAUUUAUUUAUACACUUGUUGUUGAAAGCAAACCAUGAAUUAAUCAAUGAAUCUAAAACUUAGUGACCAAGUGAGGUACUUGGGAACCUACACAAAUAUUCAAUGGAUAUGCAAUGGAUUGAGUUUCCUGCAAAAACUUAGUUUCAUUCAAGAGAAAUGCCAUGUUAAUAUGGUCAGAAUAUGCAAGUUUUGAGUACUAGGUAAAAGCAAGUUUAAUUAACUGACGCAUUUUGACUGUAUUGUGCAUGUGUUUACAUUAAAGCAACACUUCUUAAUGGAAAAUUGCUACACGGUUUACAUCCAGUUUAUCUUGCUACAUUUCUGUAAAUUUGGAUUAUUACAUGAUACUCAAUUAUUGAUAUUAUAAAAAAAGUUCAAGGAUUUAGCCAAUAGUAAGUGUGUAUGUAGGCUAGUGUUCGUGCUUUAAUUCUGCAACCUCGUAUCCAUGCAUUUUCAUGCAGCAUUGUGCAUUUUGGGAGCACAAGUUUACUCAUAGCACAUAAAAACUGAAAGGAUAUCUGGAGUAUGCGUUCUAUAACUUCUAUCAAAGGAAAGGCUAUGGCAAAGAUUUUUAUACACUUCCAUGUGAGCAUACUAGAUAUACCCGUGGUGUUGUUAUAGAAAACUGUCAUUUCUUCAUCUGUGCGAUCCUCAAAACUUUGGAAGGAUUCCUACCUUUCCACUAAUUCAUACUGCCGACCCAUUUUAUAAAACAAAUAAUGCACAUUUUUUAAUCAGUGAUAUUAACAACAAAGCAGGCAUCUUGGGUAUUCACAAUAACCUGUAAAAGCACUUGACACAGUGCCUCUUGCUUUUCUCAUGCACAAAUACCCUCAAAUGCGCUGCAUCAGCACAACACACUCAUAAAUGUGCAUUAUCUGUAUAUAUUUCUGAGUACUGACCCUUUAUCAAAGUUUGAGACAUGCUUUAACAAUCUCUACACAGUAUAACAGAACUCUUAAAAAAAUCACUCCAGGACCAUAGAGAUUUAAGAAUUUAUACCAAAUGUUUUAUGUAACAAUAUAUAGAUAUCUUUGAAACAUAACCUGUUUGACAUCAUGAAAGGCAAGUAUAAAACAAACAUGCAAUACAAUGUGUGUAUGAGUGCUGUCUGAUCACUCUUUACAGUAAUGAUUGGAGAGUUCUCGGACACAUUAAUAUUGCAUCAAUAAAUAAUUGUCUAUUACAUAUCUAAAUAUUUUGUCAGUAGGAAACUGAACUUAAUCACUUUUAAAUGUUUUUCAAUGAUACUGUAUAUGUUGCAACCAAGCCUCUCAUCCCUAUCCGCUUCCCAGGUUUGCUCUACAUUGAAUACUUGAUUUUGUAAUAGCUUCAUGACUCGACAAUCCCUUCUUUUACUGAUGAAGGAAUAGAGGUUUUGCAUACAAUGAUUGUAUUAUAGCAAAAAAUCAUGACUGAUAUGGCAAUAAAAUAUCUUAGGACAAUCA